AUGGAGUCGGAUGAGAUAGCCGAGCAAUACUAUACACACGAUGGACGAUUGGCCUCCUUCUAUUCCGCGCAACCAGUCACGCGUCGAAUAUCGAGCACGAAAGGCAGAGGAGCGCCAAAGGCGCUGUUCUCAUGGCCGCAUAGACAACUGAAUCCAGAACACUUUGCACGAGCUGGGUUUUUCUUUGCGCCUACCUCCGAAUUCCGCGAUAACACCGUAUGUUUCCUCUGCCAUAAAAAUGUUGGUGGAUGGGAAGAGAACGACAACCCGUUCGAGGAGCACCUGCGACUGUCACCGCACUGCGGCUGGGCUGUUGUGGCCGGCAUUGAGAUCGGACUGGGAGACUAUGGCAUGGACGACCCUACGAGUUCAGAGAUGCUCGACGCGCGCAAAGCUACCUUUGCGGAGAGAUGGCCACACGAAGGGAAGAAAGGAUGGAAAUGCAAGACCAAGCAGCUUGCGGAUGCGGGCUGGAAGUACACGCCAACCAUUGACUCUGAUGACAUGGCGACAUGCACAUACUGCCAGCUCGCCCUGGACGGGUGGGAACCCAAGGAUAACCCCAUGGAUGAACAUUACCGACGGUCUCCGGACUGCCCAUUCUUCAGUCUGAUCAGCCAGUACAAGUCAGAACCAGCCAAGAAGAAGGGUAGGGCGAAAGGAGUUAGGGGCUCCAAAGCAUCCCGUCUUUCCAGCCAGUCUGCGGCGACGGCGACAUCCGAUAUGACAUCGCUGCUUGAUCACCCAGCCAACCAUGAAGAUAGUGUCUUAACCACAACCUCGGUGAUGACGCAAGGUGGUACCAAACGGGGCAGAGCCAAGAAGGGUACCACGGCCAAAGGGAAGAAGUCGAGGGCAAAGAAAGAUGAAGCUGUCGAGGUGCUCGAGGACCCGCCAGAUGAACAAGACGUGGUGCCACCUCCGCCACCGAAGCCUACUCGAGGACGGAAAAGAGCCAGCGACUCCGUCGAGGAUUCCGUAUUGAUCAACGCCGAAGCGCCUGCACCGAAGAAACGAGCAACGCGUGGCCGAAGAAGCAAUACUGUUGAUGCAUCUGUCGUUGAGCAGCAUCCUGACGUCAGUAUUGCUGAUACGGAGCCUGCACCAGUUCCAAAGACGAGAGGGAAGAAGGGCAAAUCCACUAAUACCCGCAAUACACGGAAGGCUUCCGUGGCAUCGACAGUGUCUGCUGCUUCUCCACGUGUAGAGGAUGGACACAUGAUGGAUGACGAGGAGCUUGACCGACAAUUGCAAGCUGAUAUGGAACGCCCAUUGUCUGAUACUGAGGAUAUCGCUGCUGAUUCUGACUCCGAGCGAAAGACGGUCCCGGCAAAAGCAAAGGGCAGAAAGCCUACUGCCAAGCGGAGUACUUCAUCUCAGCUUGAAGACCAACCCAACGACCAUGCCAUGUUCGAUCAUGUGCCUCCCGAGAUUGAUGAAGCUGCUAUCGACGCAGAGUUGAAAGCAUUGGAAACCGAGAUGGAGGCAGAACAAGGCGAAGCACUCCAGAUCCCAAAGAAAGGUCGCAAGCCAGGUACCAGGAAAGCCUCGAAACAGACGACCACUAAAGCCAAGGAGAAGGCACCCGUUGAACCGACACCAGAACACGAGCCCCAAACCGUUCUUGAAGCCGAGGCGGUAGAUGAGCUAGCUGAAGGUCACGAAGUCAGCAUUGUAAGCACCUCGACUGUUGUUCGAACUAGCUUGUCUUCAACUUCAGGUCCAAAGAAACGGGGACGACCUAGCAAGAAGGAGGCAGCUGCCCGAUUGGCUUUGAAGGAAGCAGAGGAAGCAGAGGAAGCGGAGGCGGCUGUGCUAGCUGAAGCAGAGCCCGAGGAAGAGUCUGUAUCCAAGACCCCGCCGACACCUGCACGGCUGGCUUCCAGUCAGAAGGCUGCAAUAUCACCAAGUACCGUCGAGUCACCUCCACGUAACAAAUCUUUACCACCGCCCCCUCCCGAGUCUGAUGAGCUUCAACCUCCGUCGACGCCAAAAGCCUUCAUCUCUCCAGCCCCCGCCGCGAAGCAGGCGGCUGUUUCACCGUCUCAGUCGCCACAGUCUUCUGAUGCGGAAAACCAGCCACCCUCUUCAAAGCCAUCGAAUACAGCCAGCAGUAAUCGAACUGCAUUGGCGCCUAUCGCCGCCACACCUGUACGAACAUCGCCUUCCAAGCGUAAUGUGUUUGCUGGGCUCCAGAGCAGUCUUGCCUGGACAGCGGUUGAUCUCGAUCUGAUCUUUGAAGAUUUGGACAAGGAGAAUGCUACCGGAUCUUCCAACUAUUCCAAGAACGGUUUGGAUCUUACCAGCCCGGAAAAGCGCAUGUCGGUGGAAGAGUGGAUUCACUAUAACGCCGGGCAAGCUGAGCAGAAGUUGAAGCAUGAAUGCGAGGCCAUUGUGACCGCCUUUGAGAAGGAGGGAACAAGGGCUAUGCAGUGCCUGGAAGGGCUUGUUGUCGAGUAA